AUUAACCAAGAGCUUCAAAAAAACCAAACACUUUUCGUUUUCACAUAAAAUCCCUCACUCUCUGUCUUCGUCUGUUCCCUAGAGGAGGUCCUUUUUGCUUCGAAAAUCUCUUUCCUCCUCUAGAACUCUCUCUCUCUAUAUCUAUAUAUAUUUAUCUACAUAUAUCUCUGCCAUGGCGUUGGAGAGCUUCACCGACAAGAACGUUGUUUUCAGGAAGCUGAAAUCCAAGUCAGAGAACAAGAUUUGUUUUGAUUGCAAUGCGAGGAAUCCUACUUGGGCGUCAGUUACGUACGGGAUCUUUCUCUGCAUCGACUGUUCGGCCGUUCAUCGCGGCCUCGGUGUUCACGUCAGUUUCGUGAGGUCUACAAAUUUAGACUCAUGGACUCCGGAGCAGUUAAAGAUGAUGAGCUUUGGGGGAAACAGCCGUGCUCAAGUUUUCUUCAAGCAGCAUGGAUGGACUGACGGAGGCAAGAUUGAGGCCAAGUAUACCUCAAGAGCUGCUGAAUUAUAUAGGCAACUACUUACGAAAGAAGUUGCUAAAAGUUCUGCGGAAGAGGCAGUUUUGCCAUCAUCACCGGUUGUUUCUCAAUCAGCCAAAGCUGUUGAAGAGUUUCCUGAUGUCAAGAUCAAUGAAGCUCCAAAAGAAAGUUCUUCAGGGAAGCAUGAAACUUCUGAUUUCCCCCCCUCACCUAGAGCUACUCGUACAGUUGUUGCCUCUUCCGUCAGGAAGCCUAUUGGUGCUAAGAAAACUGGAAAGACUGGGGGGCUUGGUGCUCGGAAGCUUAAUACUAAGCCAAGUGAAAGUCUCUAUGACCAAAAGCCUGAAGAAGCACCUAUACAAGUUUCCACCUCAAUUGAUAGUACCCCUGCAGUUGGUUCAUCUCUUACAUCACGUUUUGAGUACACUGAUGAUGUCCAAACUGCUGAGAUGAGUUCUGGAGGGACACACGUGUUGAGCCAUGUAUCCCCACCAAAGUCGUCAAGUUUCUUUGCAGAUUUUGGUAUGGACAGUGGUUUUCCAAAGAAAACAAGCUCCAAUUCUUCGAAAGUGCAAAUCCAGGAAACUGACGAAGCAAGGAAGAAGUUCUCUAAUGCAAAAUCUAUUUCAUCAGCCCAGUUUUUUGGGGAUCAGAACAAAUCAGGGGCUAUGGACAGUCAAGUUACCUUGCAGAAGUUCUCAGGUUCAACAGCCAUCUCUAGUGCCGAUCUCUUUGGUCAUGAUGCAGAUAAUUCUUCUAUUGAUCUCACAGCGAGUGACCUCAUUAACAGACUCUCUUUCCAGGCGCAACAGGACAUCUCGUCUAUUAAGAAUAUGGCAGGAGAGACCGGGAAGAAACUAGGUUCCCUAGCGUCCACUUUGUUAACCGAUCUUCAGGACAGAAUCCUCUGAUGAUAUUGCGUUUGUGUUGAAAAUCAUCAGAAGAGUUUGUAACUGUAGCAGCCAGUAUUUUAUCUUGUGGAUGUAUAAGGGGUUCAUAAAAAUUCUUUCAGAAAGACAAAAAUAAAAGGUUAACACACUGCUUAGGUUUAAUGUUGAGCUGGUGGUGUUUUAAUUUUUAGCAGAUGAACUGUUUGAAGAUAUGUCUGUGUCUCUUUUGUUUUAUAUAAAGGACCUUUCAAGUUUGUUGAUUCA